AUGCAUGUGCCCUAUCUUUUGUUAGCGAUACUUGCUGCGCUGCGCACUUCUGUUGCCGCAGACACUCCCGAAUGUAACGCAACAUGCCGGGGACAAAUUGCAUCUGACUGGGAGAAGGAACAACACGCAUCGGCCGACUUUGAGUUCUACAAUGCCCCUUCAAACUUCUCUUCCAGUAUGGCCCCUGGGACUUUGCUUCGAGUUGAGAAAGUCACCAACCAAUCUCUGUACAGCGUUCCUUACGGCCUCACUCUUUCGCGUAUUAUGUAUACAACCACCAACCUGAACGGGACUGUCAUUCCAACUAGUGGCUAUGUUCUCUGGCCUUACGCUCCUGCGGGCUCUCACAAUAGCACUGGGGGGUAUAAUAUGGUGGCCUGGGCUCAUGGAACAUCUGGCAGUUUCAAAAAUUGUGCCCCCAGCAAUUAUCGAAACUUGCAAUAUCAUUUCAUGGUGCCUUUUCUCCUUGCUCUCCAGGGCAAUAUUGUGGUCGCCCCGGAUUACGCCGGCCUUGGUGUUGACACUCUUCCAACUGGUGAGCAUAUUGCACAUCCUUGGGCAGCAGGUCCUGCACAGGCCAAUGACCUCGCCAAUGCCAUCAUCGCUGCGCGCAAAGCGUUUCCCGAGUACUUGAAGCCGUCUGGCCCCUUUGUUGCCAUGGGCCAUUCGCAAGGAGCAGAGACGGCAUGGGGAUUUGCUGAACGGUUGGUCAAGCAACCCAUUGAGGGAUACAAGGGAACUGCUCUCAUUGCACCCCCUACCAAUGUGAUAAAACAUAUCGAGCUCGCACUGGAGAGCCCCACGGAACUAUGGGCCCUUGCUCUUCUCUCUGGCCAGCCGAAGAUCAUCUCUUCUAUUACCGCAACAUACCCAGCCUAUAACUACUCAGGGCUGAGCCCCGCGGCGUAUGAGCGCUGGGUCAACAUCUUGAAGCCACUAUCUGGUUGCUUCCCCACAGAUAGCUAUAUAUUCAGCGACUUGAAACCUGGUGAGCUCGCGCAAGACGGUUGGACGAAGGAUGACACUGUUCAAAAGUACUCAGCUGCGAUUGACAUCGGACGCAAAAGAUUCAAAGGGCCACUCUUCAUUGCCGCCGGAACUGCGGACUUGGCUGUACCUAUCCACAUUGUGAAUUCCGUGGUGGAUGAUACAUGCGCCAUGCUGAAGCAAGAGAACUGGGAUGAGUCGCUGGAGAUGAUUACAUAUGCGGACAUGAGCCACUUUUCGAUUAUACAAGCGAGUCAGUUGCAAUGGCUGCAGUGGGUGAAGGACCGCUUGUCCCCGGGAUCCAAGCCUCUCCGUCGUGGCUGCGUUAAGAAGGAAAUGAGCGGGUUUCUGAUUGACCAGCCGAUCAAACAGGCGUUUCCAAACUUUUUGCAAGAGUGGGCAAGCCCCGAUGAGGGUUGGAAGUAUUCUCUUUAA